AUGCUCAUGCCAAUUAGGUUCAAUAGAGGUCAUAAGUUUUUGUCAUCGUCAUUUAUUUAUCGUCAAACAGGUCCGUUGUUAGCAUCUAAGUAUUUUGACAAGAAGUUCCAUUCUUUAUCAAUGAGAUACCAAAAGGCUGAUGCUUUAGUAAAAGCUAAGAAUGCUUUGAAUUAUCAAUGUUAUACUGCUGGGGUUUCUCCGUUAGAACUGAAGGAUUAUCCCCUUUAUGAAACUGAAAGAGUUGAAAUCAAAGAAGACUAUUUGUAUCUUAAAAUGUUCAAUUCCACGAAGCUUUAUAACAACAGAAGGUAUACUGAAUUAUUUAGAAAGAAUAUUGACACUGAAGAGGAAAUACAUCUAAUUCUGGACACUGAAGAUAUAAUGAAAUACUCAUGUGAUACACAUGCGUGGAGUGCCAAGUAUAAUGGUAAAGGUUCAAAAAUGGAAGACGAACUUGAAGAUGAAACUGAAGAACAUUUUUAUAAAGCUUGUCUGAUUAGCUUUAGUGAUGGUGAGAAAUCAAAAGCUUUAAAAUUUGAUUUGAAGUUUUAUGCAUCACAUUAUUUGAUUAAUGAAAAACCAUAUAUGAGAUAUCAAAGAAUGGAAAUUGAUUCAAUAUCUCAUUAUGAAGGAUCUACAUUGACUAUAGAAGGAAUGAUAAAAAAAUAUGUUGGUACUAUCAAGAAGGAUGACAAGCUGUCUCCAAUGCAUGAAAAAGAAUUAUUCAAGGUUCAUGAAUAUAAGAAAGAAUGCUUUCUUCAUAAUACAAAUCCUGCUAACGAAGGCUAUGUUCUUCUAUCUUAUGGAGAAGGAAAGGAUGUAUCUUGGUGGAGAAAGUAUGCAAAACCGUUGAAAUUGAAAGAAGAACGAAAAAAGGCACAUAACAAGACGUUUCAAUGCUAUAAGAUGCAAAAGUUUGACCGUUUAGACCCAAAGACACAAAAAGCAUUUCAUGAGUAUAUAUACCGCCAUUUGAAGAUUAAUGAAUAUUUAUUUGAAAAAGUAGUGGAGGAUGCUACUUUUACAAGAUCGCUAUAUUUUGAAAGACUUCAAAACUUUACAAAUACCCAUUCAUGUGAGAAAUCAUUGAUCAAACUCAAUAAUAACAAAGUUGAUGGAUGCACCAGAAGAUUGUCAGGCAUGUAA